UCGCAGCUCACCUUGUCGACCUCAUCAUUCUCCAAGCUGAAGUUCUUCGAGUCCCGACCUCCUUCUCCGACCCAAGCCGACUGGAGCCGCCUCCAACCUGACCCCAAGUCCCCGACCUCAGUCUCUGAUCCCGUGUUCCCCUGCCUCGCUCUCUGACCCCGAGUCCCUGAUCUCGUUCACCAGACCUCGAGCUUGAGAUCUGAUCUGACCUGGAGCUUAUCGCCGGACCUGAGCUUGUCAUUCUCCAACUUGAGCCAGCUCUAGCUAGUUCUCCAACGUCUAGUCUUGUAGGUCCUCUCUCUCCUCUUCGUGACCACCAAUACUGAUUUCCUGUCAGGUGUGUGCAGCGGUAGCAUUUGGAGUUGGUGUGGGUUUUAAAGACGGCGUUUGCAAGGCAACCGAGUUUUUUUCCGGGUAUGAAGAAAUGUGUGGUUUAUGAUCUUGUUAGUAGCUGAUAGAAAGUUGAGCUCUCUUUAUUUUCUAAACAUUUAGUCAUUUGACUACCUUAGUAGGUGAAAACAUAUAUAGUGUUUAAUUCAAAAGAAUAGGGAACAAGCAGUUUGAUCUGGUGAUAGUUUUCAUCUGACUGCAUGGUUUGUGUAUUGUGUUUGUCUGUGAGUCUACAUGUUAUUAUCAUUUGCUGCAUCUACUAAGUGUUGGGACUUUUUCAGGUAUUUACUGGAGCAAAGUUUGUCAGUGGACAACUUGUUUGUGUUUGUUCUGAUUUUCAAGUACUUCAAAGUGCCACUUAUGUAUCAGGUUCGUGUUCUUUCAUAUGGUAUUGCUGGUGCAAUCAUCUUUAGGUUGACAUUGAUACUCCUCGGAACAGUCACACUUCAGAGGUUUGAGGCAGUAAAUCUUUUCCUCGCUGCAAUAUUACUUUACUCAUCCUUCAAGUUAUUUUCCAGUGAAGAAGAUGACACCGAUCUGUCUGACAACUUUGUUGUGAAGACAUGCCAGAAAUUUAUCCCUUUCACCGGUAAUGAUUUGGCUGUGUAUAUAAUUCAUUUAUAUAGUUGAAUUUUUGUUUUCUGAUUUUGUGUACGCAAUUAAAACUAUAUCACAAUUAGAUAGUUUUAAGAUUAUUGGGGGCCUUGGCCUUGGGGAUAAGCCAUAUGUUGCUUAAGCUUAUUUUGAACUCAAUAUGAGUAUAUAAGGUUCAGCACAACCAUAAAAUAUAAGUCUAGGAGUUCAUGCUUAGGAUGAACACUUUUCUUUGUCAAGAAUUUCCUCACUUGAUUUUUCUUCUAAAUAAUAUUAAGAAAAGUCAAGAAUUUCCUCACUUGAUUUUUCUUCUAAAUAAUACUAAGAAAAAUCAAGAAUUUCCUCUUUACUUUCUAGGAUAAACAAAUCAUUUCAUUGGUUACUCUUUUGCCAUCUCUUCCGUUGGCAAAUACUUACCUUUGUUUGCUAUAAUUCUAAAAUUCUGAUUACUUCUUUCUCUGCGAUAUUGGGGUUAUGUUUACUGAUUGUUCGUGUUUCAUGCAAAAGACUAGGGAAUUUUGGCUGCAUGGUUUUGAUUUAGUCAGGCUCACUUUCUCGGUAACAGUUGGGGUUUGUUGUUUGUAAGUUUACUUUGUUGUUUCUGAGAUUGACUUGGUUGGUGUGCACUAGUAUCUCAUUGAGCGAGGCAGCAAAAUAUGAGGUGUAUGUUAAACACUACGUUUUUCCGCCAGUAAUGGUUUUCCUAUUGUUAGGUUAUCAGAUAAAAGAUUGCUUUUGCAUUGUUUUAUAACUUUUAGGAUUAGUUGUUGAUGAAAAUAUUUGGAUGAAGAACGAAGGCAAGGUAGCAGGUAGCAUCCUCAUCAAUCUUUUUUCUCUCUGGCCUCUCUGCCAGUGACUUUGCUUUUCUGAACAAGUGUGCAGUACCAUUGCAAAAUACAGUUAUAGUCUUAGAUUCUUUGAAAAUUUAAGAAACUCCAUGGAUUUGGGUGGUUACCACUUACUGCUGCUUUGAUGAGUAUCCCAUUUGCCUUCCUCCUCUGUUGUUAAUGAUAUUGAUAGAGUACCUCAAGUUGGAGUUGUUUGUUUAGUUUAAUGUUGUUGUUUGGGUCUUUCCCCCUCAUUUUUCCCAAGAGGAAGUUUUAAUGGUGAGUCUAAGUACAGUAAACUCAAUAUUAGUGAAAAAAAAUGUAAAGGUCACCUAACCAGCUCUUAUGUAUCUAUUGUAAUGCUAAUUGCAUUAUCUUGUAGAGCAAGGCCAAUCAAAUCUUUAUGUACUGGUAUUUAUUCAGUAUAAUUACGAUAUUGCACGUGUCAUGACCAAAAUGUCAGUUGUUUUUUCCUU